GUCCUCAGAAAGGUCAUACGAGAGCCACGGGCUGCUUUAUUGGAAAAUCAAUCCCUCUUUUGUGCUUCUUGGUUUAAACUUGUAUUUGCUUUCCGAGCAAGGUCACUGCUCAGCUGACCAACUUUUUAACUGCUGGAAAAGGCUGGGGUUAAACCACGACACAUGUGUGCUGCUCCAAACCUUUUGUUGCUGUUUCUGGGCAUGGAAAAAGAUGCUUUUGAGGGAGGCAAGAGCUUCUGUUCCCCGGUGGGCUUGUAGGUGCCAGCGUGAGAAGGAGGAGGCAGAAGGAAUUGCCCUUUAUAGGAGUGUGGUUAAUUGGAGAGCAUGUUAGGAGCUGCUGGACAAGGUGUCACAGAAGCUCACAUGGUGUUGGGUGGGCAUCAACUGUGCCAUCUGUCCGUGUGAGUAUUGAGGUACCAACCCUGCAGGAGCUCUUGAGAGUUUUGAUGUUCUCCUUGGAUUGGGACCUUCUUGACUUUUUAUACAUCAAUAGUAAACAUGUCAACUUGAUUGACAGGGUGAAGUGACUCAUCAGCCUUAGCUGUCAGAAGAUGCUGAAGUGACAGCCCACUUAGACCCUACCAUGGAGAAGACAGAAGCAGAUGGCCAGCCACCCAAAGCCAGCGGGGAGAGGGAGCAGCCCCGCAGCCUCCCCUACUCCCUGGAGACGCCAUACGGCUUUCACUUGGAUCUGGACUUCCUGAAGUACGUGGAUGACAUCGAGAAAGGGAACACCAUCAGAAGGGUCCAUAUCCACCGCAGAGCCAAGCAGCCCAAAUUCAGUACCUUGCCCCGAAACUUCAGCCUGCCCGAGAACGGCUCCCGCGGGUGUACCACUGCUCCCAGCAAGAGCUGGACGGCGACCUGCUCCUUCCCACAGAGAAAGGCAUCCCUGGGGGAGGAGACCCCUCGUGCCCUCCUGCCCAGCGAGGCAGCCCCCCCGGCAGCCGAUGAGCCAAGUUACCGGAGGAAAGCCCUCCUGGCAGAGACUCGGCGGCAGGCGGAGCUGGGCUGGCAAGAGGGCGAGCUCCGGGAGCGGCCGCAGCUGCUGAGAGCCUCCAGCAUGCCCGAUGCACUGCCGCCCAGCCAGACCCCCCUGGGCGACGGCAGGGGACUCUCACCCCUCCGGCCCCCUCCCCAGCACUGCCACGACCAGAGCGGCUCUGAAAGCACCUUUUGCUCCAACUCCGACAGCACCACGUUAAACCUCCCCCGGGCGGUGAGCUUGGAGCAAGACAUCUCCUUUCAGCAUCUCAGUGGGGUUAUCCCAGGGCUGGUACCCCUGCAGCCCCCGUGGCAGAACCAGCAUGCCUCAGCACCACAGCUGCAGGUGGUGAUGGAGAGUGGAGGCGAGGAGGGAGAUGCUGCCGAUGCCAGUGGUUGCUCUGACGUGGCCGGGGGUGAACCAGCAUCACCGGCUGCCCUCCAGCUCACGGAGGAGAACACGAACGCUGGGGAAAGGGGGCUCAGUGUGAGUGAAAUGGCUCUGAAUGUGCUGAAGGAAGGUGAGGAGGGCAAUGUCCAGGCUGGAGAGGACAAGGAGAGUGGUGUUCUGCAGGCUCCUGAUGCUGGAGAGCCUGUCGGGGUCACGGCACUGAAGCAGCAGAUCGCUGAUCUGGAGGAGCAGCUGGGCAAGAAGAAAGAGGAGCUCAAGCAGGUCAAGGCAGUGCUGGAGCAGCAGGAUCAUGAGAUCAAGGAGAAGGAGAAAAGCAUUAAGCUACUGGCCAGCUCCAAAGCUCAGCUGGAAGAGCAGCUGUGCCAGGAAAAGUCCAAAGAGGCCGAGCUGCAGUUGCGGCAGAGCAACAGGGCUUUGCAGUGCCUCGAUGCUGCGGUGAACACUGAUCUCUCACAGGUGCAAGCCCAUGAUAAAGGCAUCAAUGUAAAUAUCCCACUCUCCACCAAAUCCAUAGGCUGCAGCACUCACAGAGCAGACAACGUGAAUGCACAGGUGAUGGAGUUGGGCGCUCAGAGAGAGCAGGGACUGGCAGACACUUGUACCGGCGUCAGUGGAGAGGGACCUGGACAUUUUGGUGAAGGCAGCAUCGAGGCUGGACUUCAUGCUCCAUGCUUCACCCAGCUGCAGAUUGACGAGCACCUCGGCGAUGACAAUCAGAACCACCAGAAUAACCGUGACACCCAGAGCCUCGCUGAGGGAAGCAAUCGAGGAGGCAAGGCAGGCUUUGGAGAGGAGAAACCUCAAGAAGGGCUGGAAGAUGAAGGUCCCCCUAACCAUGAGGAUCUCCCGGCUGUUGACCCCAUUGGCCAAUAUGUGAAAAAAAUCCAGGAGCUCCUGCAGGAGCAGUGGCUGUGUCUGGAGCACGGGUACCCCGAGCUGGCAAGCGCUAUCAAGCAGCCAGCCUCCAAGCUCAGCUCCAUUCAGAACCAAUUAGUUAAUUCUCUAAACUCCUUGCUCUCUGCCUACUCUACACAAGGGCCCACGGAUAAGGAGAAUUCGAACACACACUAUCAACAGUUGGAAAACUCUCCAACCACAAGUCUUAAAUCCAUCAUGAAAAAGAAAGGUUAUGGUUUCCAUGCAGGAGGCAAUGGGACCAAAAAGAAUCUUCAGUUUGUUGGGGUAAAUGGUGGCUACGAAACGACCUCAAGCGAAGACACAAGUUGUGAAGACAGCCCAUCAGACGGUGAUGCGGAGAGCGAGACGGAGAGGAGAGAUGACGAUGUGGAGCCUACGCAGGUGGAUGCUGGAGGUGAAAGCCAGGGGGCUUCCUCGGGGAUCCCCUCCCAGGAGAAGUGUGAGGAUGAGGAGCAGCAGGAGCCAUCGGCAGAAGCAGCACCUUGCUCUCAGCAGGAGGCUGACAGAUGCAAACCCUCUGAAGAUUUCCUUGCCAACUGCCAGCUCCUCAGCGAACACCUCUCAGAAAUCUGCACCACAAGUGACAAGUACCUGCGGCAUGUCCUUGGCUCCAUCUGCCAGGAGUGGUUCCAGGUGUCCAGCCACAAGUCUUCCAGCCCAGAGGUGGUCGCAGCGUAUCUCAGGGCCCUGAGGGCCAUCCAGCCCCAGCUCCUGAAGAUGAUGGUGAACGUGACUGACAGGAAUGGUAACACGGCUCUUCACUACAGCGUUUCCCACUCCAACUUCCCUGUUGCAAAGCUCCUGUUAGACACAGGAGUGUGCCGCCUGGACCUGCAGAACCGCGCUGGCUACACGGCGGUGAUGCUCACCCCGCUGGCGGCUGCCGAGACCCGCCAGGACAUGGAGGUGGUGAUGAGGCUGCUGAGGGAGGGGGAUGUCAACCUCCAAUCUGCCCAGGGAGGACAGACUGCCCUGAUGCUGGGGGUCAGCCACGAGCGGGACGACAUGGUGCGAGCCCUCCUGUCCUGCCAGGCUGAUGUCAACCUGCAGGAUGAGGAGGGGACAACAGCCCUGAUGGUGGCCUGUCGACAGGGCAACAUGGACAUUGUCAGGCUCCUCUUGGCCCAGCCUGGCUGCCAGGUCAUGCUGACGGACAAGGGCGGUAACUCGGCCCUGUCUCUGGCCCAGGGCGCUGCCCAUGGGGACAUCGCGGCACUGCUGAGAGCCCACAUCGAGCACAGCCCGUCCCUGUCAGCAUGACCCAGCAGGGAGAAGGAACCAGGACGGGGAGCUGGGAACAAACAGCUCCUCCUUGAACAGCCCUGCUGUGGCAGGGCCAAUCCAGCGGGUUUACAGGGGAGGAACCCUGCCUGCAUUAUCUGCGGACGUUCCCUGUGUCUAAUUCUCCUCAUUCAUCCCACUCACAUCCCCUAUUCUGCACCCAGUGCCACAAACAACUUCAGACUCUUCUGUCUGCUCCUCCUGGUAUAGAUUUGGCAGGUGAGCCACUGAAAUGGAGGAGAAAAGCACAUUAGAAAAGCAAUACUUAGUCUUUUGUAACCUUAGAUGAUGGGUGUCCUUUUAAUCGACUACUUAACUGUAUCUCAUUUAACUUGUAAGUUUGUGUCCUAAUAUUUAUUAUCAGCUCUUCUGUAAGUAGUGGCAGGCAGUGAUUACUCAGUAUAUGUAACAACAAAAACAAGCUGGAUGGAUUAUGGAAAGCAUAAAAUCCUAUUUAUGUUUGCUUAUGUGGGUUUGAUGGAAGAAUUAAAAAUUAAUGCUCUAGGAAAAUAUUUGAGUAUGCCAGACCCAAACACCCAGACAUUGUUUUGCCUGGAUUUGGAAUUACCAUAUGGCUCUUAUUUUUUCCUAAUUAAGUUUGAGCUAAUGGGGAAGCACAGCCCAUUGACAUGCUCUGUGCAUCACAGCGGGGUGGAUCAGGGUAUCCCAAGCACAAGGAGAUCACAACAGAUUCCCAUCCCAGAAUUUUUUAAUAUUGUCCAAGAGUUCUGUGGACUGACAGAUACCUUUUGGACAAGCUGCUUCUCUCUGAUUUCCCUCAUGCUCGACUUUAAUAUGCGCAAACUCCUCCUGUGUAAAGCCGUGCUAUGAUUUAGUUGAUGGAAUUGGACGGCACCAGGGUCUCCCCCACCACACAGGGUCCAGUAUCACCUCAAAUUAUGCAUAGGUCAGGAGUUUUCUUCAAUCUCUCUGAUGCUGACAGAGAGGGAGGGAGGGCUCAGGUCCCACUUUUCCAAACAUCUUUUUUGUGUUGCAUCAGGAGCCAGUGGAUGCUCUCUGUUGGCUUUGGUGGAGCUGGAUGCCACCACCAGCGGAGCAAACCCAAGUCUCCCUUCCACCACCAAAAGCAACUCUCCCUAUUUAGCUAAUGACUCUUUUUUGUUACUCAGCAGAAGUGAAUCCUGACCCACUUUGGUCGUUGUAAGUCAGUUCACAUCAUGAAAAAGUGUCCCUUGAGCUGUCUUGAGCACUCGUCCUUCCUGCCUUGCAGGGAGGGGAGGACAGCCCCUGCCCUCUGUUUUCCAUGGAAAUCUGCUGUCUGCUCUGUUUUCUUUCCUUUCUUCACGUUUUCAGUCCAAAGCAUUCACUAUCUCAAAUGUCUAGCUGCCUUUUAUAUCUGUAUCCCAAAAUGCAUUUACCUCCUUUAUGUAUAAAUAAACCGAGUUAAACCUUUC